AUGGCGUCCCGCUCCACCAGCACCUGCGUACUCGCGCGGCUCGACGACGCGGACAACCACGACAACGAAGAGGAGGACGAGGAGGAGCACAGAAGAGGGAAGGAAACGGUCGACGAGGACAUCUACAAAGGUACGUCGUCACUCGCCCCAGUUCCUCCCCCGUACGCGUACACCUCCCGCCUUCUACCUGACUCUCCAUGUCGCCUUCAACAAUCUACCCCUCGACUCUACCCGCCCCCUCCUCUCGUCCGCUCAACCUCUCCCACAUCCGACCCGCUCUCCCGUCCGACCCGCUCUCCCGUCCGGCCCUCUCGACCCCAUCGCUCGCUGUACUGCCCUCCCCGCUCUCCUCGCACGAUCUCAUGCCCACUGGCCCACCGGCCGGCUCGCCCGCAUCGUCCACAUCGCCUCGCGCAUCGCAUGCGUUGCCCGGACCCACGCUCGACUGACCCGCAUCUCCCGCUCGACGCCGCGCUCGCCUGCUCGCUCCAGCUCGAGACCACCGCCGUCCACCACCCCGACACGUCCUCCGCCUCCUCCACCUUCCCUCUACCUCCUCCGCCUCCUCUGCUGUCGCCACCACCACCACCCACACCACCACCACCACCGCUUCCUCCAGCUGACGCCGCUCCUCUGAGUUGUGGCGCACCAUGCCCAGCGCCGGCGGCCGAGACUGCACCGUGCAGGACCACUCCAAGCCCAUAUCCGCCAUGA